UUCCAAAACGUUUCGAGUUGUACUCUGAUACCAUUCUGUUCUUUUUCAUUGCUAUACUGUGCUGUAAUGGCAAGAUAAAGAAGAAUAUAUCUAAUUUUGUAAAAAAGUCAUUGUGGAACACAACUCAGUUUGCACAACAGUGGGAAACAGUCGACAUUCAUUUACUGCAUUAGUACGUGAUAAUCGGUCUAACUAGGAGGUAUUGUCGUACCUCGAUUGUUGGACACUUUUAAGUACUUUGAAAGUCACUGGUAAUCGAUUAGGUGAUUUAAAGAGCAUUAUCGUAAAACAAUUUUAUAUUGUCAGUAUUCAUCGGAAAAAAUGGCGACCAAGGAUUCAUCUUCUGCUGCUGAUACUGCUGGUACCAAGCUUUUUACUCGGGCAGAAGUUGCAGAACGUAACAGCAAUACAGAGACUUGGAUCAUUAUCCAUAAUAAAGUUUACAACGUGACUGCAUUUCUUAAUGAGCAUCCUGGUGGCGAGGAAGUACUUCUAGAGCAGGCUGGGAAGGAUGCUACCGAAGCAUUUGAAGAUGUAGGACAUUCCACUGAUGCUAGGAAUAUGAUGAAACCGUACAAGGUCGGAAAACUUGUGGAGGCUGAUAGAACGCAGGAUGAAAAGAAAAACAAGGAAUGGUCAAAUGAUGGUUCUAGCGGAGAUAACUCAAGCUGCUGCGUGGUCUCAUGAUGAUUGGCAAUUGCAGUGGUUCUUGGAGAUCCUGGCUGAUUCCAGUUGCACUAGGUGUGCUCGCGACCCUCGUUUACCGUUACUUCAUCAAUGCACAUUAAAAAAAAGCAUUCCUUGAAAAACUUUUAUACUUUUUGAUUGUUACUACCUGUCGGAGGUGAAUUGUCAUACAAUUGACUGUUUUGAAUUAUUGUGUAUUCUACACUAUUGUAAUUAUUUUUGACGAUUCAGGUGUAUUCCCGCGCAUAAUCAGUUGGCCUAGCAUUUACAAAUAUAAACAAAUGAUCUAUCAGUGUAUUAUAUUUAUAUAUAUAAUAUUAUAAUACUAUCUAUGCAUGGAGAAAUAAAUCGAUUUAAUUUACA